AUGUGCAAAGAUUCAGUGGUGUCUAUGACAACGGAGUCUUUCAGCAAAGUUGCCGCCAAAAGUUGUAUGAGCGCGGGCCAGUGCCUCUCGUCCGUGCUGCUCGCGGCCCUGGCGGAGCGCCGGCUGGCCGUAGGGCUCCCGGCGGCCGUGCGCCACCUGCGGGCCGGGCGCGAGGCCCUGUUCGUGGUGACGGUGGGCGCCUCGCCCUCUGCAGACAGCGCCACUCACCUGCUGGCCGUCCUGCUGCGCGCCUUCUGUGCCGAGCACCACAUCCGCGUGCUCGAGGUGGACUCGGACUGUAAGCUGAAGCGUCUGCUGGGCGUGUCGAGCUGCGAGCCGCUGGGCUGCGUGCUGGUCCGCUCGCCGUACGCGGACCCCUUCAUGGACCUCUCUGUCUCUGUCCCUCCUCUGUGUCUCUCUCCCGCCGAGCGGAGCCUGCUGGCUCUGUGUACGGAGGGCGCCGCGCCGCCCCUGGUGCGUCUGCCGGACAACCCCAAAAUGUUGUGGCAACCUUUAAACUUAUCUGAAGUAUGUCCACCCAAUGCGCAAAUAGAUUCCUGUACAUUGUUUGGGUAUGUGUAUCUAAACUUGUUGGUUAAGUUGUACGGUGGUAGUCGAGAUAAAGUAUCUCCUGAGACCAAUCGACAGGAGUAUGACUUCAUAGUGGUGGGAGCCGGUUCAGCUGGUUGUGUGGUUGCCAAUAGAUUGACAGAAAACCCUAAUUGGAAGGUUCUAUUGUUGGAGGCUGGUGGUCGUCAACCGGAUGUAACUCUAUCGCCAGCACUCUCCACGGCUCUACUCGGCUCUAAUAUAGAUUGGAAUUACUCUACGGAACCAAACGGAAAGAGUUGUCUCUCUCACCGUAAUCAAAGAUGUCCUAUGCCAAGAGGUAAAGUACUGGGUGGAUCAAGUACUAUUAACUCUAUGUCGUACGUCCGCGGGAAUAGAGUAGACUAUGACCUCUGGCGUGACCUGGGGAACCCUGGGUGGAGCUAUCAUGACGUUCUUCCGUUCUUCAAGAAAUCUGAAAGGAAUGUUAACAUCGAAGCUCUAGAUGCUAUACAUCACGGUGUGAAAGGAGAGCAGUUUGUAGCUCGAUACCCGUACAUAGAUACACCUCCUCUCAUGUUGACAGAGGGUUACAUUGAAGGAGGCUCUCCACUCAGAGACUUCAACGGAGCCUUUCAAGAAGGAAACAACCAGGCACAAGCAUUCAGCGUUCGAGGAGAAAGAGUUUCAACCAACACAGCCUUCCUACAACCCAUCAUCGAAAAGAGACCAAAUCUGGUCGUAAAAAUCGAAUCGGAAGUAAUUAAAAUUCUCAUAGACGAAAAGAAUAGAGCUUACGGAGUUGAUUAUAUACAAAACGGCAAAAAAAAUACGGUUUAUGCGAAAAGAGAAGUAAUAAUUAGUGGAGGAUCAAUAAAUACACCUAAAUUAUUAAUGUUAUCUGGCAUAGGACCCAAAGAACAUCUGCACGACUUGGGUAUACCGGUCAAACAAGACUUACCCGUGGGUAAAAAUCUCCACGAUCAUGUAACGUUUAAUGGCGUAUUACUUGCGUUACCAAAUAGAACAUCAACAUUGGUUAGUAAUGAGGAAAUACUCCAAGCCGUAGUAGAUUAUCACGACAUGGUAAUCAAAAGAGGACCGAUGUCAGCCAACGGUCCCGUUAACUCUAUAUGCUUCAUCAAAAGCCAACGUGACUUGAUAGCACCAGAUAUACAAUUCCAAGUAGAUAACAUUCACAACUGGAGACAGUAUAUUAAAGAUCCGAUACUUUAUGAGGAGGUAGCGUUUCUACCGACAGCGUUUUAUGACGCCGUGGUUAUACGACCUAUGAAUUUAGUACCAAAAAGUAGAGGAUAUGUUCUGUUGAACGCAACCGACCCUCACGGACCUCCUAUCAUACAACCCAACUAUUUCGCUGAUAGUCGUGAUCUUAUACCACUUCUAUAUGCUGUGAAAUUUCUUCUAAGUCUAGAAAAAACACCAGCGUACAGAAUCAGAGGUGCCUACUACGUCCGUGAGCCUCUACCCGCUUGCCGGGAUUAUGAAUGGGGAACAGAAUCGUAUUAUAUUUGUCUGGCUAAAGAAUAUACUUCUACUACCUAUCAUCCUGUGGGAACUUGCAAAAUGGGUCCCAAAGAAGAUGAAGAGGCUGUCGUGGACCACGAGCUGAGAGUAUACGGUGUGAAGUAUCUAAGAGUCAUAGAUGCAUCAAUAAUGCCGAUUAUAAUUCGCGGGAACACCAACGCCCCUACAAUGAUGAUCGCUGAAAGGGGAGUAGAUUUCGUCAUACGGUAUUGGAAUAAAAUACUAUCGAAAAACAAUUAUGAGGAUAAAUCUUCGUAA